UCUCUCUGCCUGGCGUAGUCGCAAGUCACUUUGGAAAAAAAAAAAAAAAGCGAUUAGACUGACUUCCCUGUUUCCUUCAACGAGUGGGCGGGCUCUUCCCAGUUCCCAGACAGAGCUCCUUCAUUCAGCCAGGUCUGCCAUACUUUUUUUUUUCUUUAAUAAAUCUGAAAAGUUUGUUACCAUCAUUGAGAAAAGAGAAAAUAAAGGGAGGGGAGGGAAGGGAAAACAAUUUGGCGUGCAGCACAGAGGACCUGGCAGUCAGAAUGCUCUGGACCGCCAGGGAGGUCCCCUAGCGCUACCCAUUGCUUCAGGGAGAAACUAUUGUGGAGCUGAGCGUGCUGGCGCGCGGAGGUCUAUGUGUGUGUGAAGAAGGUGCGUGCGUGCCUACGAAUGAGUGCGGGGUGUUCAUGCGUGAGCGCAGGGGAGGGUGUCCAGGAGACUGCCGCAGAGGUUCCUUUGUGGAAAGCGGUGACCUGCUCGGUAGCGAACGUGGCGCCUCCCCCUCGCUCCCUCGUCCACUAGGACCGCAGGGCUCAUUUUCGCCCUGCAGCAAUCUCCAUCUCCCUCUGUGGUUGUCCGCGCGCGCGGGUCUUCAGGUGCCAGGAGCUUCGUGCUGGGCGGCGGCUUUCGAGUCUCAGGAGCCCGGAGCUGGCUAGGGCGAGCACGGUGUCGAGUGGUAGGGGGAGCGAGGGAGGUAGCCGAGCAGGAAAGGGCGUGCUGCCCUUUGCGGCCGGCUCGCGGAGCAGCCGGGUAGGCAGCAUUGUUACCUGCAGCGGCCCCGCCCCUCCGCGCCGCCCUGCCCCCUCGCGGUCCCUGGCCUGCAGUCCUGCGGAGAGUCGGCGGCGCCGGGACAGCGGGCGGAGGCUGCGCGGGCGCCGGGAGCGCGGGCGCGGGCCCCACCUGCUCCCUUCAACAUGGAAGAUGCCUUUUGACCCAGUGGUUGGAGAAAACGUGUCCAGACUGGAAAGAGGCAGGGUCACUAAGUCUGGAAGCUGACAUGAGGCACAAUUGCCCUCUCUUUUGGCAGCAGACUCGUGGGCCCAGAAGUACAACCCGAGUUUGAUGUUUGUGUCUGCUUCUCCAAGGUCAAGGAAUUAGCUCCUUAGAAGGCAACAGUACUAUGCAUGUUAUGAAUUGUGUCUCCCUGGCCAACGAUAAAGAAAAUGGGACUCUUGCCACGGCAGCUGCAUUCAUGACUGGGCAGACAUCACCCUCUGCAUCUCCUCCACCUCCUCCUCCACCGCCUCCACCUCCACCUUGCCCACAUUCAGGGGAGGGCUUCUCCCCCUCCCCACCUCCUCCUCUUCCACCCCCACUUCCUGGGGGACCUCUCAUUCCCCCUCCUCCUCCUCCCGGACUACCCCCGGUUGCUCACGUGAAUGGCUACAGCUCCCUGGGUAAGAAGAAACGGAUGCGAAGCUUUUUCUGGAAAACCAUUCCAGAAGAGCAAGUACGUGGCAAGACCAACAUCUGGACCCUAGCAGCCAAGCAGCAGCGCCACUACCAGAUCGACAAGAAGACCAUCGAGGAGCUUUUCGGGCAGCAAGAAGACACCUCCAAGGCUUCUCUCCCCAGGAGAGGAGGAUCUUUGAAUUCAUCCUUCAGGGAUGCCCGGGAAGAGGUUAACGUCUUGGAUGCGAAGCGAAGUAUGAACAUUGGGAUAUUUCUUAAGCAGUUUAAAAAGUCUCCUCAGUCCAUCAUAGAAGACAUCCACCAAGGGAGGAGUGAGCAUUACGGGUCAGAGACGCUUCGAGAAAUGCUUAAGUUUCUGCCGGAGUCAGAGGAGGUUAAGAAGUUAAAGACAUUUAACGGCGAUGUGUCCAAGCUUUCUCUGGCAGAUUCCUUUCUGUACGGCUUGAUUCAGGUGCCAAACUAUUCACUUCGGAUUGAAGCCAUGGUGCUAAAAAAGGAAUUCUUGCCUUCUUGCUCCUCGCUGUACCAAGACAUAACAGUCCUAAGAACGGCCACACAAGAGCUGAUGUCGUGUGAGGAGCUACAUUCGAUAUUACACUUGGUGCUCCAGGCCGGGAAUAUCAUGAAUGCCGGAGGGUAUGCUGGCAAUGCUGUAGGAUUUAAACUGUCUUCUUUACUCAAAUUGGCGGACACAAGAGCAAACAAGCCUGGGAUGAAUCUUCUGCAUUUUGUCGCUCAGGAAGCCCAGAAGCAAGAUGCCAUCCUUCUGCACUUUUCUGAGAAGCUGCAGCACGUGCAGGAGACGUCGAGGUUAUCUCUGGAUGCCACUGAGACAGAGCUACACUCGCUCUUUGCCAGGACAAAAUCGCUUCAGGAAAACAUCCAGAGGGACCAGGAGCUGGCUCGGCAGAUGGAAGACUUCCUCCAGUUUGCUGUGGAAAAGUUGUCGGAGCUGGAACUCUGGAACCGGGAGCUGCAGGGAGAGGCUCACACUCUCAUCGAUUUUUUCUGUGAAGACAAAGAGACAAUGAAACUGGAUGAAUGCUUCCAGAUCUUCAGAGAUUUCUGUACCAGGUUCAACAAAGCCGUUAAGGACAACCAUGACCGGGAGGAACAUGAGCGGAAACAGUUACAGAGGCUGAAGGAGCUGGAGCAGAAGCGACAUUCCUGGACGACUGGGGAGCUCGGGGGCUUUGGCAGGAGCAGCAGUGAGAACGAUGUGGAGACACUAGCUAAGAAGGGCACAGAAGAGCUGCCGUCCUUUCUGAAGCCCAGGCCCACCAGCCCCUCCUACCGGCCCCCCAACACCCGCCGCUCUCGCCUCUCCCUGGGCAUCUCUGCUGACCGCGAGCUCUUGACCUUCUUGGAGAGUGCCACCGGCAGUCCUGAGGACCCCAACAAAUUCAACAGCUUACCCCGGAGCAGUCCCAGACAGGUCCGACCCACCAUCGCCUGGAUGGAGCCCAGCGAACAGCAGAACCAUGACCCUAACAUUGCACAUGAACCUCAGGCCUCAAAGAAGCAGGAGAAAACCCCACGCUUGGCUUGGCAAAGUCAGCUUCCAACACCCCGGCUGGAGGAGCCAGCAGCCCCUUUCCCACCGACUGGACGGGGUAGGACAAGUAUCCUCCGGAAAAGGAACAGUGAGCCUGUGGGCUUGGGUCCCACAAAAACCCCUCCUCUCUUACCAUUGGAUCUGGGCAUUAGGGAGCAUGAAUUGGUCACGGGGUUGGCGCAGUUUGACCUCCAGAGUCCCAAGGGCCUGGAAGAAGCAUCCCAACCGACUCUAAAGGACUUUUGUCCCACAGAGCUGCUGUCUCCAGAGGAUCAGAGCUCACAGUCCCUUGAAGCUGGUGGUGACAGCCUCACACCCAGGGACACAGGUCCCCAGGAGGGUCUCAGCCCAACUGGGGAGGAUGACGGAGCUGUCUCUAAUGAACCCAGCAGUGAGGCUCUUGUGUCUGUGGUUGUCACUGACACCGAUGGUAAGGAUCCCGGGCCUCCGCUCUAUGUCUCGGAUACCACAGACUGCUCACUGACUCUGGACUGCUCAGAGGGAGCCGACUCCAGACCAGCAGAAGAGCAGGGGGAGGAGAGAGAAGGGGCUGCCUCAGUGUCCUCUGGGGCUGGAGAGGCAGGCAGCAGCCAGACCUUCUCCAACCCUGCUUCCAGUCCCCCUGGGGAGGUACCUGCUCCCGACUCCAGUAAGAGUGAGCCCAGCUGCCAGGGUGGCCUUCUGAAGGACAGACCCAGCAAAGGAAAGGAUAGCACGGCACUAAAGAGAAAUUCCCUCAAAGAGCCAUCCCCGGGGGCCUCAAAGCCAAUCAGCGCCCGGCGCAGCCAAGGGGCGGCACCCAAGCCUGUGAGAACCUUGAACUCCUCUGAGAAUGAGCACAUGCGCAAAGUGGUGCCCAUCUCCAAGUCCAGCAGGGGAGCAGGGCCCUGGAAGCGUCCGGAGCCGACAUCCAAGGCUUCCCCUCGGGAGACACCCAGCAGCACAGACACACUGCUAUCACGAAGGAGCUCAGUACGGGGGACCUCUGACACUUCACCCAGGAGGCCCCACGUGAGUGGGCCUGGUGCAGAGGAGCCCAGGUUGCCCCGCUCGAGUGGCAGUAUGAGUGGGCGGCCAGGGAAGGAGGCCUUGGGUCAGCCCAGGGCCUCGUUCAGGAAGCCCAGCGCCAAGCCCCUCAGAAACAUCCCCAGACAGAAACCCGAAGAAAACAAGGUCAACAGCCCCAACUCACAAGACUCUGAAAGCCCCAAGGAAGAGCCCAAAGCGCCUCAGGCUUCAGGUGUCUCUAGAACCCUUCCUCCUGUCCCAAGCUUCGCUCGAAAUACCGUGGCCUCCUCAUCCCGGUGCAUGCGACCGGAUGCUCCACCGGCGUCCAGAGCCACCGGCAUCACCAGGACAGUUUCCCAGCGGCAGCUUAGGGUCAAAGGUGGCCCCGAGGAUUCUGCCUCCAAGGACAGUGGCACUUUGAAGAGGGCCAGCAGUGCCAGGACCUCCAAGAAGUGUCCUGAAUCUUCUGGGGGUUCAAGUGCCAACGCAGAAACCCCACUGAAGGGCAGAGGGACAGGGGAAAGAUCCUCUCUCAGACUGAAGGACUCAGGGCGGGCCACCCUAGGGAGGAUCCUCCGUCCACUGCAGAAGUGAUGGGGCCUGUCUACAUCUCUGCCUUCUGGGAUUUUACCUGCCAGGACUGGCUGCUGGGGUGAGGUCACGAGAGGCCAGUCUUUAAUGUCUUGUUACACACCAAACGACUCACAGGUCACGUCAGGAAAGGUACAUGGAGAUCUGUAGCCUGCUGUGCAGACUUCUACGAAAUGGAGGCUGAGAAUAUUCUAUUCUACAGAGUGCUUUCCCAGACCCCAGCACCUCCUUUCGUUCAUACUCAGGACCCUAACCCUAACUCCUACCCCGAGACAAAGAUCCGGUGAGAGUCUGGACAUGUAAUAGGACAAUUCUUAUGUAACAAGUAAAAAAAAAAUUUCUGGCCAGUUUUUAUAUAUCAAAGACUUAUUUUUUAAUAUUAUAAAAAUAAAAUGAUGUUUUAGUUGG